AUGUCUAAAUAUAAGAAUAGUCAGUUGGCAGUGGCUAGGCUUUUCAUCAAAUUGCUGCAAAGGAGUCUAAACCUACAUAAUAUCGCCAUUGACGAAGAACUUAACAAAAAAGAGAAGUUGCCUCAGGAUGUAAAGGAAGGUCAUUUUGCUGUUUUCGCAGCAAAUGGUGAGGUGCCAAAGAGGUUUGUCGUUGAUCUGUGCUACCUAACCAAUGCUGCAUUUUUGAGGCUAUUGGAACAAGCCGGAGAGGAAUAUGGAUUUCACCAGAAAGGUGUUCUCAAAAUCCCCUGUCAAGCUGAGGAACUAGAGAAGAUCCUACAAGACAGUAAGGAGAGCUAG